AUGUUCAGUUCGCACUUCCAAUGUUUUCAGAUCGCAGUCCUGUUCAUGGCGGCUUCAGUCCUCGCCGAGCCGAGCAAGGUCAUCCAGAAGCGUAGCGGCCUCGUAGGCCACUACGCGGCCGCCGCGCCGGUGCUCGCGCACGGCUACAGCCUGGGCGGCUACAGCUCUGGCCUCGUAGGCUUGGGCGCUGGCUACGGGUCGGGCCUCGGGGCGGCCUUGGCCUCGGGCCCCGGCCUGGCUCUGGGCUCGGGCGUCGGCGGCCUUAGCGGUGCCACAAUCGUCGGCGCUGACGUCCACACGACUGUGACCAAGCACGUCGGAGUACCAGUCCCAGCUCCGUACCCAGUGGCCGUCGACAGGCCCUACCCUGUCCCAGUCAGGGUCAACGUCCCGGUGCCUGUGGACCGUCCGUACGCGGUUCCCGUGCCCAGGCCUUACCCUGUCGCCGUCCAGAGGCACGUGGCGGUGCCAGUCGACAGGCCCGUCCCCUACCCAGUGCCCCACGCCGUCCCCUACCCGGUGAUCAAACAGGUCGGCGUGCCAGUGCCAGCGCCUUACGCGGUGCCAGUUGCCAAGCCGGUCGCGGUGCCAGUCCCCCAGCCGGUGGCCGUGCCAGUCGUUAAGUCCAUCGUGACGUCAGGCCUGGGUGGGUCCCUCUACGGUGGCCUCCACGGUCACGGACUCUCCUCUAAAAUCUGG